GCGUAAUUCGGCAAACGUCUACUUACAAUAAUCGCGCCUCCGAUUUCACCUAAUAUUUAGUUUCUCAUCUUAUACUAAAAUAUAUCAGACGAAAAUAUUCCCAGUCGCAAAUAAUUAGGUAUCUACGUGUUUUAAAGCUAGUUAAUUGAUUCCAAAAGCGAUCGGCAUAUCCAAGAGGGCGACUAUGCCUCCCAAUCGACUCGUCCGGCCGGCAGCGGCUCUGCUGUCCGCGGGGACAAGAAAAGUCCGGCCCGCUACUUGCGGCCGACUCUACGAAGCCGCGCGACGACAUGCGCAUACGAGUUCACAGGCGUUGGGGGUGUCGGCAAGGCUACGGCCAACGCUACAGGCGGCCUCGAGGUUACCAGCAAUAGCGCCGCGGGGCGUGCGAAGUAUUUUCAUCCAGACCGAGACCACGCCAAACCCGGAUGCGCUCAAGUUUUUGCCGAAUCACAGGGUAGUGCCCGCGGACGUGCCCACGCCGUUCAUCGAGUACCUAAAUCCGCGGAGUACGAUCGCGCCGCCGUACCCGUCGCCGCUUGCCGCGCAGCUGAUGAAUAUCGACGGGGUGACGUCCGUGUUCUACGGGCCCGACUUCAUCACGGUGACAAAGUCUCCCGACGCCAACUGGGUACACAUCCGGCCGGAAAUUUUCAGCUUGAUCACCGAGGCUAUAACUUCGGGGCAGGAAAUAGUCGCUGUGAGCAACAACAAAGAGGGUGGAGAUGAGGGUCAAGAAGCGGGAGAGGAGGACAGUUUGAGCUAUAAUGAAAACGAUAGCGAAGUCGUGGGUAUGAUCAAAGAGCUGCUCGAGACUCGAAUAAGACCUGCGAUCCAGGAAGAUGGUGGAGAUAUCGAGUUUCGAGGUUUUGAGAAUGGGUAUGUGAACUUGAAGCUCAGGGGAGCAUGCAGGACUUGCGAUUCAAGUACGGUCACUUUAAAGAAUGGUAUUGAGGGAAUGUUGAUGCAUUAUAUCGAGGAGGUCAAAGGUGUACAUCAAGUAAUGGACCAAGAGGAAGAGAUCGCGAUUCAGGAAUUUGCAAAGUUCGAGGAGAAGCUUCGUGCACAAAAGGGGCCAGAUGCAGCACCGACUACACCUGGCAAGGACUCAUUAGAUUCGGUCCCUGGAUAAAGCUUGAGAGACAUGCUUUCAUCUGAUGUAUGAUUAGAACGUCAUCCGAAGUACGUCAUCUAGAAGAAAUGAGAAUACCCUAGUGUUGUUUUUUUUAGGAUGCAACU